UGCAAUGCCCAUUGUGAAGCAAAAGCCGUUUGGGUCCCCAGUAUCUGCGUUCUCCAGGCUAACCCGAAAAGGUCUCUUAAACCUCUUAAACCCUUCAUGUCCUUCUCCUUAAAAACGCAAGAAAAUGCAAAUCUCUUUAACCAAUUCAGCCUUCAGGACCCCUUCAAUUUUCCCAUUUCAUCUGUCCAUUUUAACGCAAAAGCCAUUGACCCACAAAAUUCCAGUGCAGACCCCCUUGAAUGCUGUCAAAAGGUCAGAAUAUUUAUCGGAAAUCAGCAAAGCAAUCGAUCAAGAAGAACAGUAUCGCAUAGCUCGCUCUCAGGUUCUUCGCAAAGGUGUGGACUUGGAAGGUUAUACGAUUGAGGGGCUUUCUAUUGGUGGCCAAGAGACCUGUGUAAUAAUUCCCGAGUUUAAGUGUGCUUUCGAUAUAGGGAGGUGCCCUACGAAGGCUAUUCAGCAAAACUUCGUUUUCAUCACUCAUGCUCAUCUUGACCACAUUGGAGGGUUGCCAAUGUAUGUAGCCAGCCGUGGUUUAUACAAUUUAAAGCCUCCUACUGUAUUUGUGCCUCCUUGCAUCAAGGAUGAUGUUGAGAAGCUGAUGGAUAUACACAGGACAAUGGGCCAAGUUGAAUUAAACCUUGAAUUGGUUGCUUUGGACAUAGGGGAAACCUAUGAGUUACGUAAUAACCUUGUUGUCCGACCAUUCAGAACACAACAUGUAAUACCCAGCCAGGGUUACGUAGUAUAUUCAGUCAGGAAAAAACUCAAGAAACAGUAUAUUCACCUCAAAGGGAGUCAAAUUGAAAAAUUGAAGAAGUCUGGUGUUGAGAUUACAGACACUAUAUUAUCUCCAGAGGUGGCCUUCACUGGUGAUACAACCCCAGAUUUUAUGCUUGAUCCACGCAACGCAGAUGCACUUAGAGCAAAAAUUCUUAUAACUGAGGCAACUUUCCUGGAUGAGUCAUUCAGCACAGAACAUGCUCGGCAACACGGCCAUACACAUUUAUCUGAGAUAAUUGGAAAUGCUCAAUGGAUUCGGAACAAAGCUGUUCUAUUAACUCAUUUUUCGUCAAGAUAUAAUAUAGAGGACAUUCGUCAAGCUGCAUCUAAACUGCAGUCAAAGCUAUCCGCAAAAGUGGUCCCUCUCACUGAAGGUUUCAAAUCGAAGUAUUCGUAAGUGUUAGAACCAUCUGAAGUUUGCCGUGCUGGGAAAUUGAUGGGAGGGCCAAAAAGAGGGAAAAGAAACAAAAGAAAAGGCUCGCAUCUACCAUGUAAGCCUCCCCUGAAUUUCAGGUGAGUUCUAAAGAUACGAUUUAUAUGUAUUCGAAGUCAGUUUAAUCAUCAGUAUAUUGGCUAGUGUAGGCCUGUGAUUAGUUGAAUUGUAAUAACAUUUGAUAGUUCAAUUGUAAAUUAUGAAGAUGUAAUCCUUCUUCUGC